AUGCCAUCAAACUCAAACACUAUGAAUAGAAGAGUGGAGCCUCUCACGACGGCGUAUAAGUCAAUAAAGACAUUAUCAUUAAAUCAUCUGACUGCAAAACAACAUCUGCUCAUGGCAAUAUGUAGAGACGUUUCGCUGUUACCACCAAUAAUUUAUAUAUUCACAUCAUUAAAGAAAACAUGGGAAAUUUCCUUUCAAACUAAAUUGGCCACUUAUGAUCCACAAUCCUUAAAGGAUGCACUAAUGUCUCUAUGGCAAAAUUAUAUGGUCGAUAACAAUAUGACUACAGCAACUACAACUACAACAACAAUAGCAGCAGCAGCAAUAGUAUCCGCUGUAUCUACCCCAAUUUCUACUCCUAGUGAGAGCAUUAUAACGAAUCAACAGAUCAAUAGUCUCGCCCUGUUGAACGAGUUGAUUACAGCAAGAGCAUCAGAACAUUUCCUGUGCGCCCUUUGGUGUCUCGUAUCAUUAUAUCUCACCUACGUAAUAUUAGAUUCAUUGAUGAUCAGAUGGAUAGUCAAAUAUUCCACCGUCGCGGCAAUAAUGAGAAUGUUUUCCAUGUCCUUGGUACUCAUUACAGUGGAAUUGCUAUUACUCACAUCAUUAUCACCCGAACAUGAUUAUUUCCUACAUACAUGGAUCUUAAUCAGUUGCAUACUAACAGUGGCUUAUAUUUGGCAAAACUAUUUGACUUCUGAUUUGAAAUCCUUUAGAGAAACCGAAGAUACAACAAGUGUUUCAUCAUCUUCCUCAUCAAGCGAUUCAGAUAUUGAUACAAUCGUACGUAGAAGGAGAGUGAAAAAGCGCAAGCAAUCGGAGGAACAUAGGAAUAAGAGAAUGGAAAAGAGUUUUCAAUUCAAAUCGAAAAGAACUAUCGAUCUGUAUAACAUUAUUGUAUUUUGCGUCGUACCCGUGGGAAUGGCAAGUUUUAUAACUAUGGGCGGCCUAUUAAGAAAUUUAUUCAUUCAACGUUUAGACGUCGAGCAAUUAACAAGGAUGCUUCAAGAGACUCUAAGGACAUCCACUACAUCUGCAUCUUCUAUUUGA